AUGGAAGAGUCGAGCAGUUCUGGCUGUAAAAGAACACCUCCUCCACUUUUAUUGAAACUUGACGUAAAUACCGAUUGUGGAGAGGUUAGAAACUUGAUCAAAUUUUUGAUUAAGAAACCAAAUUUUUGUAGAAAUCACCAAAAGCUCGGACGGUUCUCGAAUUGUUCAAAAGAUACAAUAUAAAGCGUGGUUCGGGUGUGAAGAAGACUGUGGAAGAAAAGAAGCAUAUCGACGAAGGAGUUAAUGUUGGUUUCGACAAAAUGUCGAUAGAUGAAAAAGACGGAUUUUUGAAAAAGUUGAAAAUGCUUACUGUGAAUAGCAAUAAGAAAACUAUUCGGAAUUAUUCGAAAAAACAAGAUUCUCCGAUGGCUGAAAAUAAGUAUUCUACGAAACAGUCAGCUGGUGCUGAACAGAAGCCGGUAAGUAUUUGUUUUUGAUAUUAACAAGUAAGAGUAGCAUUCUGUUUUUUUAGAAAAAAGAUGCUGCACGUCGUUUGAAUUUUCGAAGCGUCUCUGGAGAUGUUGAGAAAAAACCAGAAUUUGAAGUAUCGAAAAAAGAAGUCAAUGAGCAUAAAAAUAUCAAGAAGCCAUACAAACAUCAUGCUUCGCGUGGAUCUUUAGAAACUCCUGAAAAUUCUCCAACGAAAAGUAUGGGCUCACCCAUAAAGCAUUUUCAAGAAGAAACCAAUCGUGAUAGCUCAUUCGCCGACGAAGACAAUACGAACCGAAGAAAGAGAUUUUUCAGUAGAAACAAUGUGAAAGAUAAUUCUUGUUGGUAUGGUGAUCUUCCACCACGAGAUUAUACUAGUCCAGUUUUUUCGAGAAAAAUAUUCGUUGGUGGAGGUUGGUUUUUUGUGUGUAUAGAUUUAGACUUUCGAUUGUUCUAAAAUUUUAGUUCCAUGGGAUAUCACUGAAUCAGCUUUGAAAGAAGCUUUUGGUGAAUUUGGGAGUUGUAUCGUUGAAUGGCCAGGACAAGAAGCCCGAUAUAGAACUGGUGGACAACAAGCUUCGCAAUCUACAUCAAAUUCGCGUAUGAAUCUAAAAACUAUCCAAAAUUCAGCCACCGGAUAUGUUUAUAUGAUAUACGAAGACGAACGAUCAGUUGCUCGUUUACUUCGAGAUUGUUCUCAAGAAAUUGGUGGAGCUGGUGAAUGGUAUUUCAAAAUAAGAGCUCAACGUUCAAAAUCCACUGAAAUACGUCAAGUAAGUUGUUUCUUUCUAUUUACUACGAAAUCUGUUGGAAACAAAUUAUUAAAUGUUUGUAUAUAUUUUUAAUUUGCAGGUUCAAAUCAUUCCUUGGGUUACUUCUGAUUCGUUGUUUUGUGAAAUCGACACACUUGCCGAGACUGGAAUAGAGCCCAAAAGAACUGUUUUUGUUGGAGCACUUCAUGGAAUGAUGACAGCAAAUGUUCUUCAUGGAAUUAUGGAAGAUUGUUUUGGAAAUGUAGAAUGCGUUCAACUUGACACAGACAAAUUCAAAUAUCCGAUUGGUAGUGGUCGAGUUACAUUCAAAGAUCAUAGUGCAUAUUUCAAGGCUAUAGAAACUGGAUAUCUUCAUGUUCAAACGAGUAAAUUCAGUAUGUAUAUUUUCCGAAAGUUUUGAUUCCCAAAAUUUUAUUAUUUCAGGAAAAAGAGUUCAAAUAGAUCCGUUUCUCGAAUCAACCACUUGUAUGGUUUGUAAUAUUGAAUCAGCUCACUGUUUCUGUCGAAACCGCGAUUGUUUCAAAUAUUAUUGUCAUUCUUGUUGGUCAGAUGAUCACAAUAAUCGAAAAGAUGGACAAGUUCAUAUACCUGUUAUAGUUCCUUCUUCUGCUACGAAAGCUUUAUCAAAUGGUCGAAAAUCCGUUUCACCAAUAAAACCAAUUGCAUCUGUAUCUGCACCAAAUCAAUCAUCCAAUACUUAUACAACUGCUACAGCUGCAUUUCCUUUAUUAGUUGCUCCACCUGCAAUUUAUGGAUAUAUGACACCUUCUCAAAUUGCAACUUCACAACCAACUUUUAUUCCAAAUUCUCAAAAUGGUCCUAUAAACUCGAGAAGUGAAGCAAGUGUUAUGACUACGGUAAAUAUUUUAUUUAAAAAAUGGUUUUCAAAGUUUAUCAGGAAUUCGAAAUUUUUCAGCAAUCACCAUGCACUGCUCUUUAUAUCAAUACAUCAAUGUUGACACCACAAAAAGGACCAUCUUCAACGGAUUCCAUUGGAUACUAUAGUAGUGGAAUUAUAUCACCUGCCACAAAUACUCAACCACAUUUUUAUUCGCCAAAUUCAAAUUCAUCAACAGCUUCCACUCCAUUUUAUGGUUAGUUUUUUGUUUUAAAAUAAUACUGUGUAUUGAACCAAAACACUCGAAUUAUCACAUAGAAUUGAGAAAUCAAAAAUUAGUCAAGAAAAAUUGCAAUUUUCUACAAAAUUGUUUUUAUCAAUUUGCGGUGAACUGUUUGCGGUGCGGUGCUUAUCAGUUUUAGUUCUACUACCGACUGUAGUUUGGACUAUGAAUUCUUUAUUUUUCGUUUCGGAAAGACAUUGUGACGAAUAAAUUUUAAAAAUCUGAGGUUUCUAGGCAGAAGGCGAAAUGAAAAAAAAAUGUAAAAACACUUUUGAAAAAAAAAUGUAUAUCCCAAAAACUGCAGUACUUUGUCCCUAGCGUUCUUCUUGAGAAAAGUGUCAACAAUUAUUUUUGCAGGUGGGAAUUUUUAUUGUUUCCCCAAUCCAAGCUCAACUCAAUUAGUAUAUGAUCCAAUGCUGAGUUCACCAAACUAUCAAAAUAAUCACAUAUAA